GGUUAGAGUAUAGAUUAUAGUUGUCACUUGCCUUGAUUCCAAUGGGGUCGAAAUUUAGACUUCGUUGACUCAAAUUUUUGUAUAAAUUUCUUUCCCCGAAAGUUCUAUCUCAACCAAUUUGGUAAUCCGUGUUGUAUUCACCAUGAGCCUUCAUAAAACGCUGCUGUAUUUAUUUGCGAUUUUCGCUAAAAUUUUACAAUUAAAAAACGCAAUUUUCUACAUUGCAAAAACUAAUUCAGAUAUCUUUGAUAAUACGAGUAAGAUACCUGUCUUUUCCUUCUAAGAUACUUGUUGGACAUUCUGACAUAUUGACUGCCAAAUCCGAUGCGUGUACGCUUCGCACCCACGCCCCGCUCUUCUCCCGAAUCAUCACCAGAAUACGUCACUCCAUCAGCAAUACGGAGACAGAAGAGAAAGAACCCAAACACAAUGGUAACACCGAUUCUGAAGCGAAGCACGCGAUCGAAAUACGGAAGCAGGAAGAAGCGGCGACAGCUGUCAAUCCCACUUCUGAGAGACAUGUGCUUGGAUGUUUUGAUGUGUAAUCCCCAAACCUUCGCCCUACAAAUGGGUAACGGCGAAGAGGAAGGGGACCCAGUAUGGCCGCGCGAGGAGCUCGGUCCCACCGGCGUGGAAGACAUGACGCGCCUCCACGACCUGCACGAAGCCGCCCUGCUCUGGAACCUCAAGCUCAGAUACGAACAAGGCCUCAUAUACACUUACGCGGGCUCCAUCCUCGUAGCCGUCAAUCCUUACAGGCCAGUGGAUGCGCUAUACGGCCUACAAACCGCCAGAAGGUAUCACGCAGCUGAGGCAUUAGGGGACCUGCCUCCACAUCUUUUCGCGAUAGCAGCGGCCGCGCGAAGCUCCCUGCCGUAUCCUCAAGCCAUUCUGAUUUCCGGGGAGUCGGGGGCUGGCAAAACGGAGUCCACCAAGCUGGCCGUCCAAUUCCUGGCCGCAGUGGCGCCCGCUCCGCCUGGCAGAGCACCCGUUUCUGAACAGAUUCUCGAGGCCGCACCCCUACUCGAGGCGUUCGGUAACGCCAGAACACCAAAAAAUCAUAACUCUAGUCGAUUCGGUAAAUUACUGGAACUUUACUUUAAAGAUGGCGCACUAGCCGGUGCGAGGGUCGCACAUUAUUUAUUAGAGAAAUCCCGCAUAGUCACCCAAUCGCCCGGUGAACGGAAUUAUCACGUGUUUUAUGAACUCUUAGCGGGGUUGGAUGAAGAGCAAAGGAAAUCUAGAGGCUUAUUGACGGCCGAACAUUAUUUUUAUUUAAAUCAAGGCGGAGACUCCGGCGGCGCCGGCGCAGGGGCUGAUUGGUCAGCGUUGUGCGGUGCUAUGCAAGUUCUCGGCAUUGGAGACGCCGAACGCGAGGAUAUUAUAAAGGUUUUAGCGGCGGUUUUACAUUUAGGUAACGUUUAUUUUCAUAGAAGACAGUUGAGACACGGACAAGAAGGUGUUCAACUAGGUGGCGGCGCGGAAGUGCGAUGGGCGGCACAUUUACUCAAAGUACCUGCAGAAGAGUUGGCUAGAGCACUCACAACGAGAGUGACAGCAGCGCGAGCGGAGCGCAUGCGGUCUCCGCUGCCGAUAGACCAAGCGUUAGACGCAAGAGACGCUUUCGCUAAAGCGCUUUACUCCUCCCUAUUCAGCUGGCUAGUCCUUCGAAUAAAUUCGAUAGUCCACCGAGCUGGAUUACACGAUGCUCACCGAAUAUCUCUCCUCGAUAUCUUCGGAUUCGAAGACUUGGAAGAGAAUUCCUUCGAGCAACUAUGUAUAAAUUACGCUAACGAAACUCUACAGCAUUAUUUCAAUAAGCAUAUUUUUAAAUUGGAGCAGCAAGAAUACCAAAAAGAGAGGUUGGAGUGGUCCAACCUCACGUGGAACGAUAACUCACCAGUAAUACAACUCCUAAGCAAGAAGCCCGUGGGUAUCCUGCAUCUGCUGGAUGACGAGAGCAACUUCCCGCGGGCGUCCGACGUGUCGUUCCUUGAAAAGUGCCAUUACAAUCACGCUCUCAACGAAUUGUACUCUAGACCUAGAUUAGGAGCAAAUGAGUUCGGGAUCAAACAUUACGCCGGGCAAGUUUGGUACAACGUCGAAGGGUUCCUCGACAAGAACCGUGACGCCCUUCGAGCUGAUGUGCUAGAACUGUUAUGUAGUAGCGAAGUACCUCUGGUGGCAGAGAUGUCGGCACAGCUCCGCGCGCAGCACGAUAUGAACAAAACCCUUCCCAGGGGAGCUAACGGAAGAUUUGUCACUAUGAAGCCCAGGACACCUACUGUUGCAGCCAGAUUUUCCGACAGUCUUCACCAACUACUGGAGUCCAUGUCUCGUUGCAACCCAUGGUUCGUGCGCUGCAUCAAGCCCAACACAGACAAGACGGCGAUGAAGUUCGACAUGCCGUGUGUACUGGCACAGCUUCGAUAUACCGGCAUGCUUGACACCAUCAAGAUAAGGCAGAUGGGCUACCCUAUACGGAUACCCUUCCAGAGCUUCGUGGACAGAUAUCGAUACUUGUUGAAGUCCAUGCCGCCUCGAUCCACCCCCUAUAGAGAGAUAUGCAACACUAUACUUACCGAGAUGCCACCUACGGGAGCCGUGGGUGCAGACUUCCAGCUGGGUGCGGCGCGGGUGUUCGUGCGUGAGGCGCUACACCGCGCGCUGGAGCGAGGUCGAGCUGACAAGCUGCGCGCCGCCGCCACGCUGUUGCAGGCGCAGAUUAGGGGAUACUUGGCCAGGAAACACUACCAGCAAAUGCGCGAGAGCGCCGUCCGCAUCCAGUCGUGGUGGAAGGGCGCGCGCGAGCGGCAGCGCUUUGUUGCGGUGCGGCGCGGCAUAGUGCGCGCGCAGGCGCUGGUGCGCGGCCGGCGGGCGCGCGCACGCACCCGCGCUAUGAAGGAGCAGAUGAGGAGGCGGCUGGAAGCGCAGAAAGCGGCCGCCAAACGGCGAGCGGCAGAACAAAAGGCCAAAGCAGAAAGUCUACAGGUGUUAGAAGUACCGGCCGAGUUAGCUUUCAUAUUAUCCAAGAUCGACGAGUGGCAACCACCACACACCGAUAAGAACAUUUCUAAAGUGUCGGGCGAGGUGCACGCAGAAGAGGAGCGUAUUCAGCUGCCGAGGGACUUGCAGCAGUUCGCCUUCUCCAAGUUCAGUUCCGUGUACUUCGCGGACGGCGGCCAGCUCAGCCCUAAGAAGCACCCCAUCACUAAACCCUUCCUGUCCAAAGCUGCGGUUCGGGAUCAAGACUUCAAUGAUGCUGUCGCAGUUUUUAAAUUGAUUUUGAGAUGGUGCGACGAGUCCGCUGCUGGGAACGAAGCCCGACAAAAGGUGUUAGCAGACUACAUAGCGUCGCGUGGUCUGUCGUCCCGCGGUCUCCGGGACGAGAUCCUGGUGCAGCUGUGCAACCAGGCGGGCGGGGACGCGGGGCCGCGGGUCAUGAAGCUGCUGGCUCACUGCCUCGCUGCCUUCCAACCUGGACCUGCCUUGCACAAGUACCUAGUCCGGCUGGUAUCGGAGCGCACGAGCGGGUCGGAGCGCGCGCGCCUGCUGCGGUUGCUGUGCGGCGCAGAGGCGGCCGCCGCGAGGGUGUCCACAGUGCCGCGCCGCGCUCCGCCCACCACGCUAGAGUGGCGCGCCGCUGCGGAUGGCGCGCGCCCUGCUUUGCCGCUCAGAUUAUAUGACGACACGGUGCACUCGGUGUGCGUGGAGUCGUGGACGACGUGCGAGCGCGCCGCCGCCAGCGCGCUGGCCGCCGCCGGUGUCUCGCGCAACGCCAGCGGCUGGUCGCUCACCCUCGAACACAACGGACAGCUGACUGAAUGGGCGGGCUGCGAGUACGCGCUGGACGCGGUGGGCGAGGUGGAGACGUGGGCGGCGCUGGCGGGCGCGCGCAGCGAGCCGCUGCGGGCCUCCGCCGCGCGCCUGCCGCCGCCCGCGCCGCCGCCGCGCGCCUCCUCCGCCGACACCGAGCGCACCUUGAGGCCACAGGUUCCGCCACCAGAACCACCAAAGUCACGUUCGCCGAGUAUACAACGAAUACUCCAAGAGUCCAUUGACGAGAACAUGUCGGAUUACAACUGGAAGAUGGAAACGCCAUCCGAAAGUACGUGGAAAGAGCCAGAAGAAUCCCGCACGCUGACAAAACAGAAUGACUACUCCAGGAAAAUAUCUCACGAUAUCUUAUCGCGGGAAUCGGCGUUGAACGAGCGGUACUUCGAACAGACGUCAGACAAAGUGCGGAGUAGAUCGUUAGACAAUUUGUUAGGUGAUAACCCUGCGCCGCAACCGACGAAGCUGGCUGAUUUAGGGUUGUCACAAUCACGGCUCAAUGAUAGAUACCAUUCCGUGGAAAGACUGGGUGGCGCCCCUAGCGUGACCAGUAGCAAAGGAAUGGAGCCGGAAUACGGGCAGCGUCAGAUGCCCUCGCGGUACAUAAAGUCGCAAUAUGCUGGAAAGCGGGCCCCGGCAGGCUCGCAGUCCAGUCGAGCUUAUAUCGAGAAAAGUUCGGAGUUUGGCGGUGUUCGAUCAUCAGCAAUGUCGGACACGUCAGAAGCUCCGAGCUUAGCGUCCCACGUACGUCGCGUUCGCGUGCCGAGCCAAGCGUCCGAUGUCGACCAGUUCCUCGACGACCUGUUCUCGCCCGUCCUCGACCCGAACAUCGACGAGCUCUCCGACGCACGCUCCCUCGCCGCCAGCAUCAAAGGCGGCAAAGGCUACGCCGACUUUAUAGACGACGUCCUCAGCUGUUCCUACAACGAACAGAUAGAAGCUUUAAACAACCCUGAAAGGAUGUCGCGACUCAUCAAAGGCGGCGGACAGGAAGACGCCAAAACCACUAGCAGUAGUAGAAAAGAGUCAAACGUUGAUUCCGUCGAUGACUACAUAACAAAUCUUUUUGAUCCCAUAUUUAUGAAUGAUAGUCUGAAGAGGUUAACGGAUGGCGAAGGCCUUUCUGGUGCCAUAAAAGGCGGGGGCGCGACACCACGGACGUCGGGAGCGAACACUUCUGCGCUCAGCUUUGGCGCUAUAUCGCUGCCACCGUCGAUGCCAGCGAUGCCGGCCACUCCCGAGGCGUUAGCUGCUGCGUUAGGUCUUCACUUACCUCCCCCGGGCACAGUCGAUAUAAACGCUUACCACCAAAACUUACAACGGGCUUUUCUGCAAAAUGCGAUGGCUCAAAAUCUUCAAAUCCAACAACAGCUUUUGGCUCAAAAUCAGGCUUUACAAACCCUAUUGGCCGGUCAAGUUGUGGAAUCCACUGAUUCGGCGCCGACGUCACCGGUCCGCUCGUCGACCGUCGUGCACGCUCAGAUACAUUCACCUCCGAGAAACUCUGUCGUCAAAUCCAGAAGAGAAUCGAACGAAAGUUCGUCCACGGGAGCACCGCCCCCUCCUCCGCCGCCGAUGCCUCCGCCGCUGCACGCCAUGGAUCCCUCUGAAGUUCGUCCUUUCAUGGAUCCGUACGGUCGCGCUAAGACGGUUCGGAUAGGAAAAUGGAGGUGGCCGCCGCCCAAAGACGCAGUCGGACAAGAACAACCGCAGGAUUUUACCAAAUUCAAAAUGCGUCAAAUACAAAGGAGGAUCACUCCGCAGGCGCAAUCCAAUGGCAUCGAACACGAGCCGCCGCGAGGACGCUCCCGCUCCGAGGCGUCCCCUGGUAUUGAUUGGGAAGAGUUCGAAGUCGACGGCCAUAUCCCGGCAUCGAGAGAGCCACCUUCGCAAAGAACGGCGCGGCGAAGUUUUGAAAUAGGAGCCCAAAGACCUUCCCCGGGUAGCGUCGGUAAACUCAAACUCAGCUCUGAAAUGCGACAGCGCUUAGAACGGGUCACAGCCAAUCAUUCAGUCAGGAGCACAUCGUCAGCAGCCGAGACUCCUCGCACGGUCAACAAAUUGGAGGAUACGAGAAAGUUGAUGCUCGAACGUCAACUCGGCGGAGUAAUGAGAUGGGACGCUCCCCCUCCGCCUCUGCCUCCCGCGCCCCCCGGCCCGGCGCCGCCGCCGCCCAUGACUCCCCCGUCACCCCCCGACAAGCCCGCCCCACCGCCGCCUAGUCAAGUCCCCGACGCUUCCUCUACGUUCGCCCAGUUACGUCGCGACAGAGACACAUUUGGCGUGCAUCAAAACAGAGAAGCUGACGAUCGGCACGCAUUCCUCGCCAACUGGAGCUCGAGAAGAAAAGACGAAAACGAAUCGUCCCAGGGCGAUGAUCUAGCGUCUCGAUUCUUGACUUCAGACCGUCGAGAACGACGGGUCAAAGAUGACUGGGGAGAAGAGUCAGAGGGUAGAAGUUACAACGGCGAUAAAGGGCCACUCAGUCGAGACGAGUGGGACUCGGAGUCCACGUUGGACAACAGACGCGAUAUGCGCGACAACUAUUCCGGCAGAGAAGCUUCGGAAAUAUACGAGAUCCAUCCUACGAGAGCUGAAAGGAGAAAAGAGGAAAACGAUAUCGAAGACAACUAUGAACGGAAACGUUCGUCCGUGUUUGACGAUUUCGAGAGAUACGACGGUAGGAAGAACUCCAGGGAUAUGUUAGUGGGUCGGGCGAGGGAGAGCCCGCGCUCUGAAGUGAGCGACAGGCGGUACUCGCCAGAUGACGCAGACACGCUGAAGAGGACCGAGCGGCCGACGUUCAAGACGCACAUGGCUCAAAAGGAACGAGACAAGAAGCUGGAGGCAGAGAGACGGCAGUCAGUUUCCACACAUGUCACUGAUAGAACGGAGCACAUUGAACGUGAUGCUCCCGCGCCAGCAGCGUUCCUACCGUCGGAUCGCUCAUUCCUCACAUACUCACGAGUACCUUGGAAACUACGAGUGAGGAAAGAAGUCUUUACACCAUUAGAGACGUAUAAUGAUCCUGCCAUACUUGACUUGCUGUAUGCACAGAUUGUGCACGAUAUAACAUCAACCACGCCGUCGCUGCGUAUCAGUACGUCGGAGCGUCGCGCGGGCGGCGCGUGGCUGCGCGCGCAGAGCGGGCCGGCCCGCGCGCACACCAAGCGGCAGGCGGUGGAGAUGGCGCGCGAAUGGCCGUUCUACUUCGCGCGGCUGUUCUCGGCGCGCGUCCCGCCGGGCGAGAACGCUGUGCUUGCUGUGUCGCAUACCGCUGUUACUAUUGGCGUCAAAGGUCCGUCAGGGCUGAUGACCCGUCGCUCGAUACCGCUGGGCGGGCUGCGCGCGACGGCGCCGGCGCCCGCCACGCUGCAACUGACGCCGGCGCGCGACGCGCCCGUCACGCUGCAAGUGCCGCUCGCCCACCACGCUCACGCGCUCAUCGCUGAGUUCGUACUGCAGUACUCGCAGAUACAACCAAAACCGACUACCAACGGCGUGACAAAUUCUAGAGAAAAGAUAACAGAGAGAGAAUCAAGGGAUCUGCGAGACUCGCGAGACUCUAGGGAGUCAAGAGAAUCCAGAGAGUCGAGAGAAUCGAGAGAGUCGCGGGAAUCGCGAGACUCUCGUGAAAUAAGAGAGCUUAGAGAAUCUAGAGAUGAAAUCGAAGUGGAAAUUCGGGACAGAAGAGGACAGACGUCAUCACCGGUGCCGAGAGAACGAGAGAGAGAUCGAGACAGAGAAAGGGAAAGAGAACGGGAGAUGCGGGAUGAAAGGAGAGAGCAGUCAACUCCACAGCACGACGGCAGACAUCCCCUACUUCAGUUUGCAGUCGAUCAUUUUAGACAAAGCCCAGAAUUAGAAAUACUAAAAGCCGACUCGUCGCUCAAGAGCAAGGCGAAGCGCAACGAAUGGACAUGGAAGGCGCAGACGGACGUGGUGAAGUGGCAGGCGACGCCGCUGCGCGCGCCGCUGCUGCGCCUGCCAGCGGCUCUGGCACCGCCUGCGCUGGAGUGCUUCACCUGCGUCCACGCCUACUGCGGCGACCUGCAGCCCGCUGAGAGGGCCAUGCAUCAGGAUAUGACUGAAGUUAAAUGCGUUUACACCGUCCUUAUGCACUGCCACUCAGUACCGGAGCUGCGCGAUGAGGUGUACUGUCAGCUGAUGAAGCAGACGACGUCCAACCGCUCCGCCACUCAAGACUCGUGCCAACGCGCCUGGCGGCUCAUGUCGAUACUCGCUUCGUACUUUACCUGCUCAGAUACUCUUAGGCCGUUCCUCGUAGAAUACCUAUCAGCGGCCGCGGCGGACAGGCGGAGACCCUGCCAGGGCACGGCUGCCGUGUGUCUCGCCAACUUCAGGAAGACGUUGCGGUGUGGGGGAAGGAAGAAUGUACCCAGUGUCGAAGAGGUGACGGCGGUGUCGGCGGGAAGGUCCGCGCGGCGGCAACUGUACAGGCUGCCCGGCGGCGCCGAGCGCGUCGUCAACACGCGCUGCGCCACUGUCGUACAGGACAUCGUCAACGAGCUGUGCGAACUGAUCGGAGUCACGAGCGAGGCGGAGCGCGCCGAGUUCUCGUUGUACUGCAUUGUGGCGGGCGACGCGCUCACCAUGCCGCUGGCGGGCGACGAGUACGUGCUGGACGUGACGACGGAGCUGCAGCGCGCGCACCACCCCUUCUACCUCAUCUUCUGCCGCUCCGUGUGGCACCACCCGCUGCGCGCCGACGCGCCGCCGCUCUACACCGAAGUGCUGUUCAACCAGGUGGCGCCUGAUUACCUCGAAGGGCUACUGCUAGUGUUGCCCGGAGGCAACGCCCCGGCCGCUGGAGUGCUGCGGGACGCUGCCCUGGUGGCAGCACUACUCCACCGAGCUGCCGGACUACCGGACGCGCCUCACCCCAGGGACCUGAAGUUCCUCCUCCCCAAGCCGCUGCUGGCGCUGAGGGAGCCCCGGCCGGCGAAGUGGGCCUCCUGGGUGUCUGCGGAGUGGCCCACUGUGCGGACCGUCACCCCGGCCGCAGCUAAAUCCAAAGUUUUACAGGUGCUCUCCCGCUGGCCACUGUUCGGCUCGUCGUUCUUCGCGGUGCGGCGAGUGGGCGGCGCGGGCGAGUGGCGCGAGCACGUGCUGGCGCUCAACCGGCGCGGCGUGCACCUGCUGCACCCCGCCACGCACGACACCGACGCGCACUGGCCCUAUGCGGAGCUCAUCUCUACCAGGAAGGUGCGGUCGGAGGACGGCACGCUGUUCCUGGACGUGAAGUGCGGCUCGCUGCUGCAGCAGAGGGUGACGCGGCUGCAGGCGGAGCAGGCGCACGAGGUGGCGCGCCUCAUCCGGCAGUACAUCGCGCUGCAGCGGGACCAGCGCGACCAGCGACUCGACACAGCUUUUAGCAGCCAGUGAACGGAGCCCACCUCGACCAAUGGACUCAAUCUAAUGUGUACCACACAAGUACCUUAAGUAAUGUUGACACAUCAAUAAAGUCCGUCCUUUCUGAUCUGAUUGUGGAAAUAUGUACUUAAAUGUGUUAAGUUUACAUUAAGUGUGAAAAGAGAUUAAAAUGAGAAUAGGACUGCUGUAAGAUUUAAAAAAAUAUAUGUUUAAGAAUAUUUUUUCUAUUUCUAUUUUCAUUUUAGUCGUGUUAUUGGAAUGUUGUAGAAAUUUUUAAUCCACUAAGUUAGUCUAACCCUACAUACGAAUACAUAUUAUAAUAUAUUUUUCUUAAAAUCGUGGGAUCAAAUUAGGCUCAACCUAGUUAAAGAAUAAUUCUAAAAAUGUCGAAUAUAUUUACUUCAAGUAUAGAUUUAUUGACGUUUUACUUUUAUAAAUGCUCAAUUUACUUGAUACCACGAGCUGAGGAAGUUCUUUUUAAACUCUCUUAGUUAUAAAAAAAUCUUUUUAUUUCAGUCUGGACUUUGUGCUUCACAAAGUACUUAUACUACAGCCCUACUCGAUGAGUACUGUUUACCAAUAAACAAAUUGAAAAUGAGGGUAUAAAUCGCUAGUCAUUUCACACUUAUAAUAAUUAUAAUUAACUUGUUCUUAAAUUAAUGAAAAUAAAUUCGAAUAAACAGCUUAAAACAAUUAAAUAUAUUUAAUAUGUUAUUUUGUAUAACAUUUUAUAAACAAACAAUACAUAAUUUAAAAUAAAUAAGUUAUGAAAUGACAUGUGAUUUCUACCUUCAUUUGUUUGUUGGUAAACUGUACCUUACACAUCGAGUAUGGCUGUAGUAUUAUUAACAUUAUAUUAUAAAUAUGUAUAUUCGACAUACACGUUUAUAAUAUUUUUAAAGUAAUAAUAAUGAAGUAUAUAAAUAUUAAUUAUAAUAUACACAAUCAUUCCAAUAAAGAAAUACCUAAUAUAUAAGUAGAAAUAAAAUAACAAAAAUUUUGUUGAUUGAAUUAAUAUUAUUUUCAUAUUCAAUCAAUAACAUUUAAUAUUAAUAACUAAAAAUAAUGUAAUUUGUCUAGUUUAUCUACCAAUUAUGUUAUUAAAAAGUCUUCCUUCGUGUAUGGAACAAGGUGCUAUAUUUAGAUAUGAACUUUAAUGAACCAGGGGCUCUGUUUUUAUAUUUUUUCUAUUGUAUUGUACAAAAUAUAUUACAGUUAAUUCAAACAGAUACAGGAAUUUCAAAUAAUAAUUGGUUAGCAAUGUUUAAAAAUUUUAAAAAAAUUGAUUAUAGUAUUCAAAGUAUAAAAAGAUGCAAAAGAAGCACGCCAAAUAGGUGUAGGUAUUGUACUAAUAUUUUGGGUGCGCUUGGUUGGACGGCUCGCGGUAUCUAGCUAAAUAUGAUUCCCUGUUUCCAAAAUAUGUAUACCAAUUUGGAAUAUUUAUAAAAAAGAAAUUGAUUAUACCGUGUCCAAUUUUUUAGGAAUGCCCCUGGGACAUGUUUUUAGAAUAAAAUAUUAAAAUGCAUAAAUCUAUACCUACUAUUUAUACAAAUGUAUUUUAUCUAAUUUCCCAAAGACCACGGCGGUCGGAGUCAUGUUUAUUUGCGUACUUAAAUAAUAAAAUGAGUUAUUUAGUUGUCAUGUAAUAUAUUUAAUGAAGCGAUGUAUGAAUAUAUUGUAGAUACAAAUAAAAUUUUAUUUUUCAAA